AUGAGUGAUGAUGAUGAUGAUGAUGAUGAUGAUGAUGAUGAUGAUGAUGAUGUCGACCCUGUUGGAUUAAGAUAUGUUAUUGGUGACGUCACUCAUCCAGUUGAUACGAACUGUCCAACUAACAUUGUAGUACACUGUGCAGAUGAUUCAGGGAGAUGGGGAAGGGGAGGAUUAUUUUCAGCCCUCGCAGCUCGGUCUCCCACCCCUGAGAAACAAUAUAAACUAGCCAGUAAAUGUCAGGAUCUAGCUCUAGGAGAUUGUCAUCUGAUUAAUAUAGAUGAUAUAGAAGGUAGAGAAGAGGGAGAAGAUUUGUUGGGAUUGAUAAUAGCUCAACAUCGAGAUAAACGUAAUAAUCUCUCUGGUAUAAAACUCUCAGCUUUACGUCUCGGGCUGGAGAAAAUAUACGUUGUAGCUAAGGCUAAAAAAGCCAGUGUUCAUCUACCACGUAUUGGCCAUGAUACACCAAGUUUUAAUUGGUAUGGAACAGAACGACUGAUUAAAAAAAUACUGACAUCUAGAGGCAUACAAACUUUCAUGUAUCCUUUUUUCACAUCAAUCUAUACUUGUACUUUCUUUCUUAUGAAGGUGUUUAACUUGAGAUAUUACUACCCCAGAAAACAGGCGUUUAAACGAAAACAAACCAAUCUGGGGAACGAAGAAAACCAGAAAAAUAAAGUUUUGAAAAUAUCCCAAGAUCUGAGCUCAAGUGAGGAGGAAGAGUGCAAACCAAGUACAUCCAGUCAUAAUGCAGAAAGCAAACCAAGUACAUCCAAUCACAGUGCAGAAAGCAAUUCAAAAACAACCAAUCAUCAUCAAUCAAAUUUGAAACCAUCCAAUCAGGAGUUGUCUAGUAUAUUUGAAGAUCAAGUUGUAUAUUUACAUGGUUUUACAGAAGAUAAAAUCAAACAUUAUAAACGAUACAUCAUAGCAUAUCCUUUUAUAAGAUUAAACACUGCAGAGUCCAACCUCAUUUUAAAAGUAGAGGAUAAUAUUUCAACACAGGAAUUAUUAAACCUAAGAAAAGAAAGUAAAAGUGUUGCUAUGGUUACCUGUCAGUGGCUAGAUGAUUGUAUUAAUAAGAGAAAGUUACUGAAAGUGGCGGAUUAUCUAGUAAAAACAGAUUCACCUUGA